AUGGUGAUACGCAACGCAGCGGCACAGAAACUGAACUUGCAGGAUAUGACAGCCAAUAGGACACGAGUACUUGAACACGAAACUACUUCAUCAAGUACAACUCAAGAGGGUUUGGAUUUUGCAACACCUUCAUCAAAAACUAAACGCCAAAAAAAAUCGGCGCAGAUAGACGAAGCCUACCGUUUUUUGACAGAGGCAAAGGAAAAAUUGACCAAACAAGAUCGAUUUUCCUAUUUUGGAGAAGUAAUUGCUUGCAAAUUAAGCAGCUUAACCCACGUUUACAAGCUGAAACCGAGUUUAACAAAAUUUUAUUUGAAGUGGAAAUGCAAAGUUUAA